GCUUGUUGUUUGCUCCUUUAAAACGCCAGGAUGUCCAAGAAAAUUAAUGGUGGUUCUGUGGUAGAAAUGCAAGGAGAUGAGAUGACUCGAGUUAUAUGGGACCUGAUUAAAGAGAAGCUAAUUUUGCCCUACGUGGAGUUGGAUUUGCACAGCUAUGAUCUGGGCAUGGAGAACCGUGAUGCCACAGACGAUCAAGUCACAGUGGAUGCCGCAGAAGCAAUUAAAAAGUACAACGUUGGCAUCAAGUGUGCCACUAUUACACCUGAUGAGAAGAGGGUAGAGGAGUUUAAUCUGAAACAAAUGUGGAAAUCUCCAAAUGGAACUAUCAGGAAUAUUCUUGGAGGGACUGUGUUCAGAGAGGCCAUCAUUUGCAAGAACAUCCCAAGGCUGGUUUCAGGAUGGAUCAAACCCAUUAUCAUCGGUCGUCAUGCUUAUGGUGACCAGUAUAGAGCAACUGACUUUGUGGUCCCUGGGCCAGGUAAAGUGGAAAUAUCAUUCACACCUAAGGAUGGAGGGGAGGCCAUUAAGUAUGUUAUCCAUAAUUUUGAAGACUGCGGAGGCGUUGCUCUUGGGAUGUACAACACGGAUCAGUCCAUUAGAGACUUUGCACACAGUUCUUUCCAGAUGGCUCUGUCCAAAAGCUGGCCCCUUUAUAUGAGCACCAAAAAUACCAUUCUCAAGAGAUAUGAUGGGCGAUUCAAAGAUAUAUUCCAGGAAAUCUAUGAGAAGGAAUACAAAUCCCAGUUUGAAGAGAAUAAAAUCUGGUAUGAACACAGGCUUAUUGAUGACAUGGUGGCACAAGCAAUGAAAUCUGAAGGAGGCUUCAUCUGGGCCUGCAAAAACUAUGAUGGGGAUGUGCAAUCAGAUUCUGUCGCUCAAGGAUAUGGCUCUCUUGGCAUGAUGACUAGUGUGUUGAUAUGUCCUGAUGGGAAGACAGUGGAGGCAGAAGCAGCCCAUGGGACAGUAACUCGACAUUAUAGAAUGCAUCAAAAAGGACAAGAAACCUCAACCAACCCCAUUGCUUCAAUCUUUGCAUGGUCACGAGGUUUAGAUCAUAGAGCAAAACUGGAUAAUAACCAAGAACUUAAGAACUUUGCAACAGCCUUAGAAGAAGUCUGCAUUGAAACCAUUGAGGCUGGAUUUAUGACUAAGGACCUUGCUGCUUGUAUUAAAGGUUUACCAAAUGUGCAACGUGGUGACUACUUAAGUACCUUUGAAUUUAUGGACAAACUUGGUGAAAAUCUGCAGCUGAAGCUUGCUGCUCAUCCCAAGCUUUAACAGAGAUGUCACUGGGAAAACAGAGCUGUCAUACACUGCAAUUGUUUACAAUAUCAGAAGCAUUAUCUUCUCAAUAGAAUGUAAAACGUCCAUCCCUAGUUAGCACAUACUUGAACUUCAGAUUCACUUGCAGUCAUUUAAUUGUAACAGAAUGUAAAUCAUUACUUUGUGUUGGUAAUCCAUAAGUAAAUGAACUCAGUUUUAUACAUAAUGGGACCACUGCAGUCAUAAAUAAUCAUAAAUCAGGGGAAACCUGUUGCAUUCCCACUGGCAUAACUUUUUAGGUAUGCAAGUGCUGUGGUUUUCAAAUCUCAAGUUUGGUUUAAGUUUUCCUUUAUUAUUUGCAAGACUGAAACAUUAAGGGGCCGAUUCACUAACUUCGAGUGAAGGAUUCGAAGUAAAAAAACUUGAAAUUUCGAAGUUUUUUUUGGGCUACUUCGACCAUCGAAUGGACUACUUCGACCUUCGACUACGAAUCAAAGGAUUCGAAGUAAAAAUCGUUCGACUAUUCGAUAGUCGAAGUACUGUCUCUUUAAAAAAAACUUCGACCCCCUAGUUCGGCAUCUAAAAGCUACCGAAGUCAAUGUUAGCCUAUGGGGAAGGUCCCCAUAGGCUUGGCUAACUUUUUUUGAUCGAAGGAUAUUCCUUCGAUCGUUGGAUUUAAAUCCUUUGAAUCGUUCGAUUCGAAGGAUUUAAUCGUUCGAUCGAAGGAAUAAUCCUUCGAUCGUACUAUCUGCGCUAAAUCCUUCGACUUCGAUAUUCGAAGUCGAAGAAUUUUAGUUCCUAGUCGAAUAUCGAGGGGUAAUUAACCCUCGAUAUUCGACCCUUAGUGAAUCGGCCCCUAAGAGAUGAAUGAAGAAUAAGCCUUGUUACAGAAAUGUGCUUCCUUAAACUGCUCAUUUUACCUCUGCAUAAAAUACCUUUUGUUUCUUUACCUCUUACCUUCACCAAAGAUCUAUCUAUUCAA